UUCUUGUCUAUCAACAUGAAGAAUGUCCUGCAUUGGAAUCCACCCAAGGGUCAACACGGAGCUGAAGUCACAUACACUGUGCAGUAUUUCAUAUACGGGCAGAAGGAAUGGCUGAGUGUGUCGGGAUGCAGAAGCAUCAGCAGGACCUACUGCGAUCUUUCUGCUGAGACCUCAGACUACGAGCACCAGUACUAUGCCAAGGUGCAGGCCACUUGGGAAACCAAGUGUUCCGAAUGGGCUGAGACGGGACGGUUCUAUCCUUUCUUAGAAACACAAGUUGGCCCGCCAGAGGUUGUCCUGAAAACGGGAGAGAAGUCCAUCUCUAUUGUCCUGACAGCACCGGAGAAGUGGAAAAUAAAUCCCAAAGAUGACCCCGUCUCUAUGCAACAGAUAUACUCCAAUCUGAAGUACAACGUGUCUGUGUAUAACACUAAAUCUAGAAUGUGGUCCCAGUACAUCACCAACAGCACACUGGAGUUCACCUGGCUGGAACCAAGCAUUCAAUACUGCAUCCAUGUGGAGUCUUUUGUCCCAGGACCCCCUCGCCUCCCUCUGCCUUCUCAAAAGAGAUGCUUCAGUACUUUGAAAGAUCGAAUGUCAGCAUUGAAGUUUAAAGUCAUCUUCUGGUAUGUCUUGCCCACAUCUGUCAUCGUUUUUCUUCUUUCUCUGAUUGGCUACUCAGUUUACCGUUACAUCCACGUUGGCAAAGAAAAGCACCCGUCGAAUUUGGUUUUGAUUUACGGAAAUGAAAUUGAAAGAUUCUUUGAACCUACUGAAACAAUUACGUUCAAUUUUAUCACCCUCGAUAUGUUGGAUGAUUCUAAAUGUUCUCAAAAGGAUAUGAGCUUACUGGGAAAAAGCAGUGAUGGUUCCAGCCGGAAUGACCCCGAGCUCCGUGGAAGCCGGGAAGCCCAUCUGGAGGAAGUAGAGGGACAACACUUAGGAUACUCUUCGCAUUUGAUGGACAAUGUCUGUGGUGCUGAGCUAAGCGACAGAAAUGCUUGCCUAGGCCAGCGUGAAUGGCUUAGCGGCACCGUGCCCACACUGGAGGCAGACACCGAGCCCGAGUACAGUGUCCCAACUGAUUUCUACAGGGAGGCUGAAGACCACCAGUUCUGUGGACAGGAAGAGGCAUCCAGCACAGGGAGAUUAUCUGAGCCACAGGCAUCUUUAGCAAACUUAGGUCCGCCUUUUGAGGACCUACGUCCCCUGGGACAGGAGCAUCCUGGCUCAGGAGAGGGGUCAGAGGAAGAGUCAUGUACAACACUGGUGGAUUGGGACCCUCACACUGGCAGGCUGUGCAUCCCUUCUUUACCUAGCUUUGGCCAGGAGCCUGUGGAAUAUCGACGUUAUGAGAGAGAACGGCUUGCAGAGGGUGGCCUUUUGUCUAGACUCUAUGAGAGCCAGGCACCUGACAAGCCAGAGGACGAACGUGAGAACUAUUUCAUGCAAUUUAUGGAGGAAUGGGGGGUGAGUGUACGAAUGGAAAGCUAACCCCAUACAUUUUGUUGGCUGACUUCUUAAGUGAUGGGGCAUGUGCCCGUCAGCAAUUGAAUGAACCAUUCCAGGGGGUGAACCACGGAAAUAAAUAGGUCAACCCGUGUUCAGA